UGGAGUUGGGGCUGGGGGACAGGGCCGCUGAGGGAGGGAGAAGAACCUAGGACGUGGGGUUGGCGGUUUCGGCUUCUGGGGGCAAGGGCGGGAGAGGGCAGUGGGGGGGACAGGAGUCUGGGGGCUGCGUUUCUGGAGGGAUCCCCGAGGCUGCAGCAGGGGCGAGAGUCUGGAGGAAUAACGCCCAGCGCCCACGAGGUGCCCACGUGUGUUCCCAUGACCCCCAGGUCCCCAUGCCUCUCCUCCUGUUGCUGCUCCUGCUGCCGCGCCCCUCACACCCCCAGUUGCUCUGUGAGGUCUCCAAGGUGACCAGGCUGCUGGAAGUGAACUGUGACAACAGGGGGCAGAAGGCGCUGCCUCCCGAUCUGCCCAGAGACACAGCCAUCCUUCACCUGGGCGAGAACCCCCUGGGCACCUUCUCCACAGCAUCCGUGGCGUCCCUGACCCAGCUCGCACAGCUGUACCUGCGUCAAAGCCAGCUGACCACCCUGCACACGGACGGGGUGCUGCCACAGCUGGAGACCCUGGACGUCUCCCACAAUAAGCUGAAGAGCCUGCCUUUGCUAGGACAGGCCCUGCCAGCCCUCACCACCCUGGACGCCUCCUACAACGAGCUGACCGCGCUGUCUCCUGGUGCUCUGAACGGCCUGAGCCGGCUCCAUGAGCUCUACCUGCGCGGCAACAAGCUCAGGACUCUGCCCCCGGGGCUCCUGAGGCCCGUGGCCCAGCUGAGGAAGCUCAAUCUGGCCGACAACAAGUUGAAUGAGCUGCCCCCGGGGCUCCUGGAUGGCUUGGGGGAGCUCGACACCCUCUACCUCCAAGGGAACUGGCUGCGCACCAUCCCAAAGGGCUUCUUCGGGGACCUCCUCCUCCCUUUCGCCUUUCUCCACAACAACCCCUGGGCCUGUGACUGCGAGAUCCUCUAUUUCGCUCGCUGGCUGCAGGACAACUCCAAUAAUGUCUACUUAUGGAAGGAGGGUGUCGACGUCAAGGCCAUGACUCCCAACGUGGGGAGCGUGCAAUGCGUCAACCCAUACAACACACCCGUCUACACCUACCCAGGGAAGGGCUGCUCCAUUCUCGGGGACGGGGUUGACAUAGGUUAUGAUGACUAUGAAGAAGAAGAGGUGGGAAAGGUACCUGCCACCAGGGCUGUGGUCAGCUUCUCCACCGACACCAGAGCCCACACAACCCACCGGGCCCCCCUCCACUCGGCAUCCACUGCUUCUCCAGACCACCAGAUGUCCCAUCCGUCUUACACCCUGGAGUCCACGAAGAAACAGAGCAGAUUCCCAACUGCCCCAGAGCCCAGCAUGUCCAGCAUGCCCUAUCCCCCACCCUCCACCAAACCCCCCACCACCCUGAAGCCCCCCAUGCCCCACCCCACGACCUCCACCAUGACCAUGACCACUCCAGAGCUCAUGCUCCCCACCAGCCUGGAAACUACGACACCCUCCACCCCCUCCACCCCGGAGCCCACCACAACCCCCACCACAACCCCCACCACAACCCCCACCACAACCCCCACCACCCCGGAGCCCACCACAACCCCCACCACAACCCCCACCACAACCCCCACCACCCCGGAGCCCACCACAACCCCCACCACAACCCCCACCACCCCGGAGCCCACCACAACCCCCACCACAACCCCCACCACCCCGGAGCCCACCACAACUCCAACCACCCCCACCACCCCGGAGCCCACCACAACCCCCACCACAACCCCCACCACCCCGGAGCCCACCACAACUCCAGCCACCCCCACCACCCCAGAGCCCACCACGCCCCCCACCACAACCCCCACCACCCCAGAGCCCACCACAACCCUAAUCCUGUCUGAACUGACCACAUCUGAGAUCCCAGAAUCAACCUCACUCCCUACUAUUUUGGAAUACCCAACAACCACCUCCUUUGUCUACCUCCCAAAGGCCCACGAGGUGGUUCAAGGGAAUUUGGAGAGCUCCAGAAAUGACCCUUUGCUCAACCCUGACUUCUGCUGUCUCCUCCCCCUGGGCUUCUAUGUUUUGGGUCUCCUCUGGCUUCUGUUUGCCUCUGUGGUCCUUAUCCGGCUGCUGGCUUGGGCCCAGCCCGCAGGGCCACGGGCCCUGGCCACAGCCACGCACACCACACAUCUGGAGCUGCAGAGGGGAAAGCAAGUGACCAUGCCCCGGGCCUGGCUGCUUUUCUUUCAAGGCUCACUCCCCAUUUUCCGCUCCAGCCUCUUCCUGUGGGUACGGGCUGAUGGUCAUGUGGGGCCCCUCCAGGCAGGACGGCGGCCCUCUGCCCUGAGUCUGGGCCAGGGUCAGGACCUGCUGGGAACAGUGGGCAUUAGGUAUACUGGCCACAGUCUCUGA